UGCUCAAUUUUUCAAUGCUUCAUCGUCAGCCAAUGCAUUCGUACCGUCCUAUUAAUAAGAAGGGCCUUGUUUCCAACUCAACUCUCUCUACCUUUCACCCUAAGUUUUCCUUUUGCAAACGACAGCUUUCAAAGCUCUUUUAUUGGCUCUAAGUCGAAGCUGAUUGGCUUUUGGGCAGAGAUUACUCUAUUACUUGAACCUCUUGGGGAUUCCGUCAUUGCUCUUAGAAGAAGAUUAAGCUUUCUUAUUCGACAUAUGCAUUUUUAAAGAGAUGGCUUCCCAUGAGCAUGAUUCAGAAAUUAUUCAGUGGGGUCUUCGUCUACUUGAUGGUGAUCCAGUUUAUAAUUCUUCAUACUACUACGGUGACAUGAUACAACACAAUGCUAAUGGUAUCUACCAUGAAGAGUAUGUCAGAAGUCAUUAUGAUACAGAAUCAAACCAUGUGGAGAAUGAUGAGAUCAUUGCACGAACUCUUCAAGAGGAAUUUUCACGACUAUCUGUAACAGAAGCCUCUGAAUACUCACAUGCAGGAGAAGCACAAGCACAAGCAUCCAUUCUUGCAGAUGAGUGGCAUGGUGUAUCUACAAGGAAUUAUUGUUCAGACCAUGAUUAUGGCCAGGAAGAAGCUUCUAGUUUAUGUUCUAGCCCUGGUAAUCAUUUGGAGCUAACUGAUGAAUGUGCACUUGAUGGUGAAGUAGACUGGAGCUUGAAUCCCGUUCCUCAUAUUCCUAGAAUUAAUGGAGAAAUUCCUUCAUUUGAUGAAGCGACUUCAGAUCAUCAAAGGCUACUUGACAGACUGCAGAUAUAUGGCUUCCUUGAACACAAGGUUGAAGGAGAUGGAAACUGCCAGUUCCAUGCUUUAUCAGACCAAUUGUAUCACACACCUGACCACCACAAGUACGUGAGAAGCGAAGUCGUAAAUCAGCUGAAGUCUCAUCCUGAGAUUUACGAGGGAUAUGUUCCCAUGGCAUAUGAUGACUAUUUGGAGAAGAUGUCCAGGAAUGGUGAGUGGGGUGACCAUGUUUCAUUGCAGGCAGCUGCUGAUUCGUACGGGGUGAAAAUUUUUGUCUUGACUUCUUUUAAGGAUAACUGUUGCAUAGAGAUUCUUCCCAAUAUCCAAACUUCAAAACAAGUUAUUUAUUUGAGUUUCUGGGCAGAGGUGCAUUACAACUCAAUUUAUCCUCAAGGAGGUUCGCUCUCAAGUGAGUACAAAAAGAAGAAAAAGUGGCGGAUAUUUGGGAAUAAACAUUAGGAAUGUUUGGAUGGCAUUAGGCACAUUUCUCCUCCUGUUAUUGCUUAAACCAUGUAGAUUCGUGGUUCAGGACCUGCUCAGAUCUCAUAUUUUUGCUCUUCCAAUGUUCGUCCAGGCUGGAAUAUCUCAUUAAAACAGAGUUGAAGGGGUUUCAUUGAAUCUUCUUCGGCCUUCAGCUUAUUGUUUUCUUCACGUGUAGCUUGGCCUGUUCAGUAGAUUUGGAAUGUACAAAGAUAUUUCAAAUAAUUAAAAUGAAUUCUUUCCCCCAAAAAAAAAAGAAAAAAAAAGAGAUACUCGAAAUGAAUGUAUCAGUAUCAUGGAAAGUAUUCCGUAGUAUAGGUAUGCUUUUAUAGGAACACAAAAGUGAAAUAUAUGCUUCAUGGUCUAUGCAAAAAUUGUGUAUAAUUGGCAGUGUCAAACGGAAAGCACAAUUAUUUUGCGGAAAUAUUGUGACGCUGUAUAUUGACAUAUAGUAUAUGGUUAAAUUCAGGAUUUUUGUUGGAGAUAUAGAGAUGGGAACUAAGGUUUUGAUAACCUUUCGGUCAUUUAUCUCGUACAGUUGAUUCGUUUGUUUGGUCAAUAGUGAAAUAUAUGCGCUUUGCUUGAGUA